ACCUUCUGGAUUCCAACCACAUUAGGGUUUUUGAUUUGACCAAAAAGAAAUAACAUUUUCCAUUUCAUUUUCUCUGCUACAACAGCCAUCUCAGUAAUGAAAGAGUGAUUUGUUCUCUCCUUCUCAGAGUCUACAACCCCUCUUGGGCUAUGGCUGUUUCUCACACCGAGACCCAGAGUUUGGAUUUUCUGUCUCACCGAUCAGGAUAUGAACUCAAAGGUGUUGAUGAAGUUGAUGAAGUUGAUGAACAUCAGCAGCAGCUACAAUUUCAGGACACUGUGCCGCUUGAAGAUGCUUUUGUGCCUGACAGCCCUUCAAUGCAGGAAACCCAGUUGGUCGAUUUUUUGGAUUUUUCCAAAAAGACUAGGACUGGUGUACAUGAGUACGAGGAAGAAGUUGUGCUAGACAGCGAGGACGAUGAAGUGAAUGGAAGCAGAAUAGUGAGUGUUAAAUCCAAUGUGUUGUUGGAUCAAAAGCUCGGUCCUCAUCGCGAGCAAUUCGCUGCAGGACAAGUUUCUCCAAUUAAUUAUGGUACGACUGAAGGGGAGAAGAAUGAAGGAUCUCUGUCGCUUGCGAGGUUAAAUUAUAUUGACUCUCAGGAACCUGGGGAGUCAGCCCAAGCCAAUGCACUUGGUUUUGUGGACCUUUUUGUGUCAUUGAACGACGUUUUGGGUGGCUCUCCGGAAAUUGAUGAUCACAAGAAACCGGUUAGGGAGAAAUCCCCUCCUGUCUCAAACACAAAGGGGUUUCAAAGGUUGGCUAGGAUGAAGUCUCAAGUUGAAAUUGAAAAGGCCUUUGAAUGGGUUGAUCUUCCUGAGGAGCAUUGGGGAGUUGAUCUCAUUAACAAGAAGAUCAAUUCGUCUUCUGAUUUUCGAGAGUGCAAGCAGAGAUCCGUUGUACAGAAUCAGAAAGUCAGGCAUGGUGGUGGUAACAAAAAAUGUAUCAGCUUGGGCGGUAAGAGCAAAGAGAAGAAAAUAAUUCAGGGCCUCCAUAAGGAAAUGACAGAAUUGGAAGGGAUGAUUGGAAAUGAAUCUGACAAUAAGUCGGAACAACAUUUGGAUGCGAAAUCAACAGGACUGCAGAAGGAAGCUAGUGACGCAAGAACAGAUAUGGUUGACAUGUUUGAUGUUGGCUUUAACACUCAAAUUGCUGCUGAAGCUAUGGAGGCCUUAGCUUAUGGGGACCUUCCCGACUGCAAUUUUGCUGAUGCUUAUCAAGGUAUGGAGAACACAGCAGAUGUUUCACGAGGUGCUCCAGAGAACAAAGCACUUUUGGAACUUCCUCUUCGAAAGAGUGAUGUUCCUGAUAUAGGAGGCAUUAACGAAAAUGCAAAGCGAAGAAAGCGUUCAACUAGAACAGUAAGGAGAGUAGCUGCUUCAUAUCAAAAGCAAUCUUCGAGUUGGGAGUUAGAUCCUCAUUUGGCAGCACAAACAAAAGGGAAAAGAAGCAGAUUCUUUUCUGAACAUUGUAGUAAUUUUGCUGACGCCAAUGGAAAUUUUUGUAGACAAUCUCCUAAGCGUACCAAGCAUCGAAAGGUAGAGAGAGCUUCUGGAGGUAGGUCAGUAGGGACUGGGGAUGAACCUAAGAAUCCAGGAGAAAGGGUGAAUGAUGUUACAGGGAACGGUAUUAUUAAAUACAGAAGAAAGAAGAGACGUUUAAAUGCUCAUCCAUCUGAAAUAAUCAGUGGGAGUGAGGGCGGAUUUAACAAGCGAGUAGAAAGCAUGAAUAAAGUUACGAAGGCGGAUAUUAUUACAUACAAGAGAAAGAAGAGUAUCAGCCCUAAAGAAAACUCUUCCAAAUCUUAUGUUUCGUCUGAGCGAGAUAAAAACAGAACAACCAGUACUUUGAACUUAGAACCAUGGAGCCAUCCGAAAGGGAAAAGAACACGUCUCAAUGCCCGAAGAAAUUCUUGCCUAGCUACUUUACUCUGCACUUCAUUUCCAAUAGUUGAUGGAAAGGACAGCACUUCCCGUUUUGCUGAAAGGCCAGAAAGCAACAACAAUAUAAAGGGAAAGAUACACUCAUUGGAUAAAGAUUCUGGCAGAUCCUUGCUAGUGUUACAAUCCGGGAAGCUAGAUGCCAGAGAUCCUACAUCACUGGUAGACGUAAAAAGCCAUACCUCAGUAGUGUCAUCUGGUUCAGAAUAUGCUGCUCAAUCUAACUCUACCACUGGCAUAAACGUGGGAUCAUCCAAACAUGUGUCUGAUGGUCAUCACAGAAAGACAUACAACAAAAACUUGCCCAAAUCGUCCCUUUUGAAAGAGCUUUUUGGACUGGGUGUCCCUGAAUCAACACCAGAUUAUGCAUGGAAAGACUUAAGAAGGCGAAGAAACAUGGCAUAUGUUCGUGUUCUGUUUAGCCAGCACUUGGAUGAUGCUACCAUUAAGCAACAGAAAAAGGUCAUCACACGACUGGGCCUAUCUGUUGCAUCAUGUUCUACUGAUGCAACACACUUUGUAGCAGAUCAAUUUGCACGUACAAGGAACAUGUUGGAAUUCAUUGCUCUUGGUAAACCAGUGGUAACUCAUUUGUGGCUUGAGAGUUGCGGGCAAGCAAACUGUUUGAUUAGUGAGAAAAGCUACAUUCUGAGGGAUGCCAAAAAGGAAAAGGAAAUAGGCUUUAGCAUGCUUGUUUCACUGGAUUGUGCGAAACGGUGUCCACUUCUAAAGCAGGGUCGAAAAGUCUUCAUCACGCCAAACAUAAAACCCGAUAAAGAAAUGAUGAUUAGCUUGGUGAAGGCAGUUCAAGGCCAGGUAUCUGCAUUGUCGUUACAUACAUAGUUUAAUAGUUAGUAUCCCUGGAGUGAACUUUUAAUAAUACAAGAUGUUCCUCAGCCAGUGGAGAAGGUUCAGAUGUCUGCAGCAAAGGAUAAAAAGAAUUUCAAGGACGUUUUGAUUCUUUCUUGUGAAGAAGACCGUGCGGUCUGCCUGCCUUUUCUUGAGCAAGGGGCAGCAGUUUACACUUCAGAACUUCUGCUAAAUGGUAUAGUUAUCCAGAGACUGGAAUACAAGAGACAUCGGCUCUUCACAACUGCUUUCAAGAGUUGUCCACCGGCCGUAGGCCCUUCCGUGUAAUGAAGAAAACUCUAUAAAGUCAUGUAAUUAUCGCUGUUUUCGCAGUUUUUGUUCAGAACUUUUCCAGAUUAUGAAUCCCUUCGGGAUUGUAGUGAAGCCGCUGAAUCGUGCCGGCUCUGGUUUAAACUGGUGUACAUUUUGGAACAUUUCUUGGAUUUCAGUGGCAUUUUGAAUGGUAGCUUGUGAUUAUUCUC